AUGGCGGAGAACAGUUGUCCAAGAACAACAGUGCACUGUUUCAUCGAGGAAGCCAAUGUCCACAGGAGGGGCAGCGGGGAGGAUGCCAGGCGCAGUUGCUCCUUCCCUUUUUUCCCAAGGUGUAGCAGCACUGCCCUCCACCUCCCUACCUAUAUUUCCAGAGGGCAGGAGAAGAGGGAAAAGGAGAUGAAGAGAACUGCUUCAGUGCUGGGGGAGGCGGCGGCCCAGCUAAAGUUCACAGCGCCCGGGGAGGGCCCGCCCCCACCGCCCCCACCGCCCCUCCCCCAGCGCGGCCCGGGCCCGGCCCGCCGAGCUGCGCCGAGGAGGCCCCUCGGCUGUUCCCGCAAGGGGGCGGAAACCGGACAGCCCAGCGGCCACAGGCCGAGCCGCUCGGCACAAAUCCUGCGUGCGCUGGAGGGGCCUUCCCUCGCCCGCCUCCCUCCGUCGGCUGCGGCCUCCGGACCUGGGUCUCCUGCCCUCCGCCGUCCCGCAGGUGUGCAGCGCUUGGCCUGGGAGAUCCGAAUGACUAGGGCGGGAGAGGAGGGUCCACAUCUCUCCCCAGACCCUCAGGCUUGCUCCAGAAAGUUUGGACGGAAGCGAAGACCGCAGUGCUGGAUCCUGCAACAUCCACCUCAUUUUCUCCAGGCCUCUCCACUUGCCGGAGCUCUCCGCCACCGGGAGACAGACGCGGCUUCUAGGCUGCGUUGUGCGCGGACGCUGCCCCCAGCCCACUCCUACUUCGUUUCUUUCCCAAAGUCCAGCGACUUCCAGCCCUUCUUGGGGGGACAUAGCAGUACCCAGACACCUCAGCUCCCUGUUAUAUGUGACCUGACCCGGCUCACUUCAGGAACAUCUUACAAAGAAGAAGAAAGAACCGCUUGCAGCCGUGUUUACAUCUAGUUCUACUGAUCCAUUCACAUCUGGAGAGUUUAUUUAUAACUCCCUCUAUAACUCUCUCUGUUUGGAGGCACCGGUGGCUCUAUUGACAGACUGAUGUCUAGAAAAUAUUGCUCUGUUUCUAGCCAUACCUAAAUGUGCUGUGGUUGUAUUUGCAGAUUUAUGUUUAAGGAAAAUAUAAUUAUUUCCAUUGUAUUUGUGCAUAUACAAUAGUUAUAGGAGCAGAUUUAUAUAUGGGAAAAUAUACGACUCUCUUAUAGCCAUCUAGCUUUAUGGACAUUUGAUAUCCUGACAGAUUUAUAUCUCUGAACAGCUAUAUAGAUAAAUGUAUAUUGUUAGAAUUA